AUGAAUUUCAGUGGUAGUGGUGGUGACUACGGAGGUGGAUCCGGUGGAUACGGAGGAUCUGGAGACUUAGGAGGACAUAGUGGCGGCUACGAAGGAGGGCUUAGUGGAGGAUCUAGCGGCGGAGAUUACGGUGGCGGAUAUGGUGGUAGCUACAGCUACGGAGGUAGUGCAAGCUACGGAUCUUCUGGCAGUGGUGGUUACGGAAUAGGAGGAGGACUUUCAGGCCACGACCUUGGUGGAGGUAGCGCUAGUAGUGGAAGUUAUGGUGACCUUGGAGGAGGAAGUUAUGGAGGCAGCUACGGAAGCAGCUACGGAGGAAGUAUUGGGGGUGGUGACUCCCAUGGACUUACUAUCGCCAGUGUUGGAGGUGGACACGGUGCCGAAACUAGCAGUCUAGGAAGUGGAAGCUAUGGAGGUAGCAGUUAUGGUGGCAGCAUAUACGGCGGCAGCCUUGGCGGGCACAGUCUAGGAAGCGGUGGAAUCGGAGGAGGUAGUUAUGGUGGAAGUUAUGGAUCAAGUUAUGGAGGUGGUCAUGGCGGAAGUUAUGGAGCUAGUUAUGGAGGUGGUCAUGGCGGUGGAGAUCUCAGCAGCUACAACAGCCUGGGAGGACAUGAAGGUGGCGAUGAUGGUGGUCAUGAAGAGAGUAGCAGUGGAAGUGGAUGGGUACCACUCUCCGGGCAUGGUGGAGACGGUGGAUCUGGAGGAUAUGGUGCAGGUGGUUACGGAGCAGGUGGUUACGGAGGAGGUAGUUAUGGAGGUUAUGGAGCAGGAGGAUAUGGAUCUGGACUCCUCGUCGGGCACUUGCCAUUAGUUCAUCAGGAACCUCACGUCCACGAGACCACCAAGGCCAUCCCUGUGCACAAGACAUUGGCUAUCCCAGUGCCACAUCCAGUAGCCCACCGCAUUGCCAUCCCCAUCCCUGUUAAAGUACCUGAGCCUUACGCUAUCAAAAUACCAGUACCAGUGCCAGUCGAGAAAACUGUCCAGGUUCCAGUCGAGAAAGUUAUUCCUUAUCCAAUUGAGAAGCCAGUACCCGUCAAGGUUGUGAAGAAGGUUCCCUAUCCAGUUGCUAAGCCAUACCCAGUACCUUACCCCGUUUAUAAGGUCAAAUACGUAUACCACACAAAAAAGCAUCACGACUAG